GCUCUACAAGAUGUGCGCUACAUGAGCUCGGAGGCGUACUUGCCGAAGUUGAAACAGUCAUCGCUUCAAAGUCUUCAGGUGAUCGGCGAGAUCACGGCUUCUCCUGAGUUUCGUUCUCGCUGUGCGGAGGCUCCUCCCGCAGCUUUUGCGCCAGAGAUGCUCGCAG